UGGAAAACAACAUCCAAAUUAAAUUCAAUCAACCAUGCGAAGUGUGAAGAGAAGCAUAAGUGAAAAAAGUUUUGUAGUUGGCUCAUUACAUAUGAAACUUGCUUUAUUAUUAUCACAGAUAAUUGGAAAUGAAUCACUGUGCAAGAGGAGAAUAAGUAUGAAAAAUUACCUAAUUGUAAGUGCAGCUGUAAAUAUAGCGUUGGUGGCUUCAGAUACGACUUCCAACCAAACGCCAAGCUUAUGUUUAACUCCAAGCUGUAUUGAUGCAGCCUCGAGUGUUUUAAAUAAUAUGGACGAAAGUGUUGAGCCAUGCGAUGAUUUUUAUCAAUUCGCAUGUGGUAACUUUCUCCAACACGCAAAAAUACCUAACGAUAAAUAUUCGGUUUCAUACUUUAAAAUUACUGAAGAUUUGGUUAAACACCAGCUAAGAGUAGUACUGGAAGAGAACGUCACAGUACAAGAACCACGACCGUUCAAGCUAGUUAAAAGGACAUAUCAAACAUGCAUGAAUACAACUGCUAUUGAACUAGACGGAUUGACGACUAUAAAAUCAAUUUUAGAAAAACUAGGCGGAUGGCCGGUAGUACAAGGGUGCAAGUGGAAUCAGGAGAAAUUUGAUUGGAAACGGUCCGUUUACAAGUUUCGUAACUUCGGUUACGAUUUUAAUUAUUUCAUUGCCGUUGACACUGCGGCCGAUAUAAAGAAUUCUUCUGUGGACACGCUUUAUAUAGGACCAGCGAAAGUAUCUCGUUCAAACGCAAGUGGCCUCAAAUGGUACCUUAAUAAAAUGGUGAACGUUGCCACUAGCUUCGGUGCUAAAAAAGGAGUGGCCAUUAGGGAGCUAAAUGAAUCCGUACACUUCGAGCUCAAUUUAAGUAUGAUGGCAAGACCAUUUCAAAAAGAGAAAAACCUUAGUUUUUUGUACCAUCGCAUAUCUGUAUCAGAACUACAACAAAAGGCUCCUAAUAUUCCUUGGUUGGAGUACUUAAAUUCAGUACUAAACGUUACCAACGUUACCAUUGAAGCUUCUGACCUAAUAAUACUGCAGGUAGCUCCUAGCUACUUUUCCGAGUUAGAGAAAUUGCUCAACAAUACACCAAAAAGAGUACUGGCCAACUAUCUUAUGUGGAAAGUUGUCGAAUCAUCAAUACCUUACCUUGCGGAGAAGUUGCUGAACAACUCAACACAAUACAAGAAUUCCACUUUCAGGUGGAAGAAAUGUGUCAGUUUCACUUUAGAGAGUAUGCCAACUGCUACCAGUGCUUUAUAUGUUCGAAAACAUUUCAAUGAAAAUGUCAAGCAACACGUUAUGGAAAUGGUUUCCGACAUCAGAAAAGAAUUUGUCAACAUGGUAAAAAGGACCGACUGGAUGGAUGGCGAUACAAAACAACAUGCUUUAGAAAAAGCCGCAGCUAUGUCGUCUUACAUUGCGUAUCCAGACGAAUUUCUCUUAGACGAAAAAUUGGAAGACUAUUAUAAAGAGUUCCAUGUGGAAUCCGACAACUUCCUCCAAGUAAGACUAAGCACUAAACUCUUUAAUUACGAGAAUGUAAUCAAACGUUUGGUACUACCAGUGAAUCAAACCAGUUGGAUUAAAUACGGAAAAUCCGUCGAUGUUAAUGCAUACUACAGUAUGAGAUCGAACAGAAUAAUACUACCUGCCGCAAUAUUGCAAGGCGCCUUUUUCAGUGAUGAUAGGCCAUGGUAUAUGAACUAUGGGGGAAUAGGUUUCAUAAUCGCACACGAAAUUAUUCAUGGAUUCGACAAUGACGGCCGACAACAUGACAAAUUCGGAAAUUUGGAAGAUUGGUGGGCACCUUCCACAAAAGCAAAGUUUCUCACAAAAUCCCAGUGCAUAAUUGAUCAGUAUGGAAACCAUUCCGUGCCCGAAUUGGGAUUAAAUCUAGACGGCUUUAUGACUCAAGGCGAAAAUAUAGCAGAUAACGGUGGUAUAAAAAUUGCGUAUUUAGCAUACAAUGAGUGGAUUCGGCGCAAUGGAAGAGAACGACUUCUUCCCGGGCUGAACUACACUGAUCGGCAAUUAUUUUGGAUUUCGGCUGCGAAUGUUUGGUGCACAAAGACGGAACCGGUUAUUGAAAUGAUGCUAAUGUAUGCGAGCGUGCAUCCUCCGGCCAAAUUUAGAAUAAAUGUGGCUCUAAGUAAUGCACAUUAUUUUGCUAGAGAUUUCAAUUGCCGUAUAGGAAGCAAAAUGAACCCCUUCAAAAAAUGCGUGGUUUGGAAGUUUUUAAAUGGAUCACUGUGCAAGAUGAGAAUAAGUAUGAAAAAUUACCUAAUUGUAAGUGUAGCUAUGAAUAUAACAUUGGUGGCUUCAGUUACGACUUCCAACCAAAUGUCAAACUUAUGUUUAACUCCAGGCUGUAUUCAUGCAGCGUCUAGUGUUUUAAAAAAUAUAGACGCAAGUGUUGAUCCAUGCGAUGAUUUUUAUCAAUUCGCAUGUGGAAACUUUCUUAAACAGGCUAUUAUACCGGACGGUAGCUAUGCUGCUUCAUACUUUCAAAUUACUGAAGGUUUGGUUAAACACCAACUAAGAGUAGUACUGGAAGUGAACGUCACAGCACAAGAACCACGACCGUUCAGGCUACUUAAGAAGAUAUAUCAAACAUGCAUGAAUACAACUGCUAUUGAACUAGAUGGAUUGACGACUAUAAAAUCAAUUUUAGAAGAACUAGGCGGAUGGCCGGUAAUAAAAGGACGGAGGUGGAAUAAAAAAAAAUUUGAAUGGAAACGGACCAUUUACAAGCUUCGUAAUUUCGGUUACGAUCCUAAUUAUUUCAUUGCCAUUCUAAUUGAUGAAGACAUGAAGAAUUCUUCACUGAAUGCGCUCUAUAUACAGCCACCAAAGAUUUCUCGUUCAAACGCAAGUGAUAACAUCAAAUACCUUAAUACAAUGGUGAACAUUGCCACUGUUUUAGGUGCUAAAAGAAGGGUGGCCAAAAGAGAACUUAAUGAAUCAUUAAACUUCGAGCUCAAUUUAAGUACGAUGGCAAACCAAUUUCGAGAACUGAGAAAUUUUAGCUUAUUGUACCAUCGCAUGUCUGUAUCAGAACUACAACAAAAAGUUCCUAAUAUUCCUUGGUUGGAGUACUUGAAUUCAGUAUUAAACGUACCCACAAUUACCAUUAAAGCAUCUGAUGUAAUCAUAGCAGCACCUCCUAUCUAUUUCUCAGAGUUAGAGAAAUUGCUCCUCAAUACACCAAAAAGAGUACAGGCAAACUAUCUUAUGUGGAAAACUGUCGAAUUUUCGCUACCUUACCUUACAGAGAAGUUGCUGCACAGUUCAACUACCGGUUGGAAGAAAUGUGUCAGUUUAACUGUAAAGAGUAUGCCAAUUGCCACCUGGGCUUUGUAUGUUCGGAAACAUUUCAACGAAAAUGCCAAGCAAGACGUUAUGGAAAUGGUUUCCGACAUCAGAAAAGUGUUUGUAAAUAUAGUAAAAAGGGCCGACUGGAUGGAUGUCGAAACAAAAAAAUAUGCUUUAGAAAAAGCCGAAGCUAUGUCGUCUUACAUUGCGUAUCCAGACGAAUUUCUCUCAGAUGAAACAUUGGAAGACUUUUAUAAGGAGUUGCAUGUGGAAUCCGACAACUUCCUAAAAAUAAUGCUGAGCACUAAUCUCUUUGGUUAUGAGAGUACAGCCAAACGUUUAGCACUGCCUGUGAAUCAAACCGAUUGGGUUAAAUCCGGACAAUCCGCUGGCGUUAAUGCAUACUACAAUGUACUAUCGAAUAGAAUAAUACUGCCUGCCCCAAUAUUGCAAGGCGUAUUUUUCAGUGAUGAUAGACCAUGGUAUAUGAACUAUGGGGGAAUAGGAUUGCUAAUCUCUCACGAAAUUGUUCAUGGAUUCGACAAUAAAGGCCGACAAUUUGACAAAUUUGGAAAUUUGGAUGAUUGGUGGACACCUUCCACAAACGAAAAGUUUAUAACAAAGGCCCAGUGCAUAAUUGAUCAGUAUGGAAACCAGUCCAUACCCGAAUUGGGAUUAAAUGUAAAUGGGUUUAAGACGCAAGGAGAAAAUAUAGCAGACAACGGCGGUAUAAGAAAUGCAUAUUUAGCAUAUAAUGAAUGGAUUCGGCGUAAUGGAAGGGAACGACUUCUUCCCGGGCUGAAUUAUACUGAUCGCCAAUUAUUUUGGAUUUCGGCUGCAAAUAUUGGGUGUAUAAAGAUGGAACCUGCUGUUGCGAAGAUGCUAAUCCGCAUAGACACUCAUUCUCCCGCCAAAUUUAGAAUAAAUCUACCUCUUAGUAAUACGGAUUAUUUUGCUAAAGAUUUUAAUUGCCGGAUAGGAAGCAAAAUGAACCCCGAUAAAAAGUGCGAGGUUUGGAAAUGAUUCGAAGUUUUUUUUUGGCGAUGAAUCAAUUCUAGAGUUUGUUUAUACAAUUCCUUUUAUCAAUUAUCUAUAUGUUGUUUGCUUUCUUUCUUACAGUAAGAGAGCGAAUAAGAAAAUGAUUAUUAUGUUAUUUAAUACUUAUUAAAAUAGUUUUAUGUAUAAUUAGA